GGGGUCUGGUCGCCGGUCACGUGAGGGACGAGGCCUCCACUCAGCGCCGGGAACCACAGGGUUUAGGAGCCUUUGCUGUGGACGGAGAGACGGGACGUGAGCGACCAGGGUGCCGGUGAGCUACCCCCAUCUGCUCGGUGUGCGGGCUGAGCUUCUAGGGGCUGAGCUUCGAUGGAAGACCACAUGACAGGGCACAAGAAGGAGAAGCGUUAUGAGUGCGACGUGUGUGGCAAGGCCUGGCGGUACCCGAGCCAGCUGGAGAUCCACCGGCGGGUGCACAGGAGAGAACGCACCUUCGACUGCUCAGAGUGUGGCAAGAGCUUCAAGACGGCGCAGGUGCUGAAGGCCCACCGGCGGGUGCACAAGAGAAAACAACCCUUCGACUGCUCGGAGUGCGGCAAGAACUUCACCCGUUACGACCGGCUGCUGCAGCACAACCGUUUGCACUCCGGCGAGAAGCACAGCACUGAACGUCCCUUCACCUGCUCCGACUGUGACAAAGGCUUCAAGUCAACCACGGAACUAAUGAACCACAGGCGCCUGCACACCGGGGAGCGGCCCUACGCCUGCAGCGACUGUGACAAGAGCUUCACCCGCUUGGACACCCUGUCGGAGCACCGGUUCACCCAUACCGGCGAGCGCCCCUUCACCUGCGCCCAGUGCGGCAAGGGCUUCACCCGCUCCACCUAUCUGCUGUCCCACCAGCGGGUGCACACUGGCGACCAUCCCUUCCACAAGCUUGUUGGCUGUCCAGACUGCGGCAAGAGCUUUAAGACGGCGAAUCACCUGAAGAUCCACCGGCGGAUGCACACGGGCGAGAAGCCCUUCAGCUGCUCCACCUGCGGCAAGAGCUUUGCCCAAUCGUCGGGGCUGCGGGAGCACCAUUGGGUGCACAACAGUGAGCGGCCCUUCACCUGCUCCGACUGCGGCAAGGGCUUCAAGUCAUCCAAGGGCCUAAAGGCACACUGGCCCUUGCACACCGGGGAGCGGCCCUACACCUGCAUCGACUGCGGAAAGGGCUUCACCCGUUCCAACGUGCUGCGGGAGCACCAGCGCACCCACACCGGUGAGCGCCCCUACACCUGCACCCAGUGCGGCAAAGACUUCAAGUCGUCCAAGGGCCUGAAGGGGCACUGGCGCCUGCACACUGGGGAGCGGCCCUACACCUGCAACGACUGCGGCAAGGGCUUCACCCACCUCAACAGCUUGCUGGUGCACCAGCGUACCCACACUGACGAGCACCCCUGAACCUGGGGCCAGUGCGGCAAAGGCUUAACCCGCUGUACGACCAGCAGGUGCACGCCGGCGAGCGCCCUUUCCCCAGCCCGGUGUGUGGAGAGCGCUUUGCCAUGGCCUCCCACGCCCUGUCUCACCAUGCGUGCACACCAUUGGCCAGCCCUACGACAGCCCUUACUGCGGUGAGGCGUUUGACAGCUCACAGGGUUUGCGACAGCACCGGCAGGCCCACGCUGGCGAACGGAUGCUCCCACUGCGGCAAGCGUUUCAAGAACGCACGGGGGAUGCGGGAGCGCCAGCGGAUACACACAAGAGAGAGACCCUUUGUGCGCGCUGAGUAGCAAGGUUUUUACCUUCAUGUCCAGCCUGUGGCAGCACCGGCAUACCCACAGCGGUGAGCGUCCCUUCCCCUGACCAUCCUGCGGCCUACCAGCGGCAGUGGAGUGGCGUUUUCCUGGCGGGGACCGCCCAGCACCUUCAGCUUCGGUGGCGGCACAGUGCUGGAGCGCUAUCGCGGAGCGGAGUGAGCGACGCCUUGCCUGGGUCACCGCGCUGGAGCUGCAUGCUGAGACCGCCGUGAUCAACACCGUCGAGCUGCGGGACUGUGGAGCGGCCAGCUGCGGGACUGUGGAGCGGCCAGCGGCGGUGGCGCCGAUAUUAACAUAGGGAGCCUCGGAGCACCAACUGACGGGACCCUGUCGGCUUCGGAAUGCCACGGACUCCGGUAGGGAAUCAGCCGUUCCAGCCGUCCCAGCCGCUGUGAGGGCUCUCCCGACGCCGGAGCAACACCACCCGGCGAGAACGGCCAGGAACAUCGGGCCUCUAUAGAGGCAACUGUGGUGGCCUCAAUAGGCCUGACUAUGGGAGAACUGGGGAUGGGGACUGGACAUUGUGCCUUCCUCCACAGUGGUAACCAUUGUGGGGGGAUGUUUUUUUGUGUGUAAAUGAUUACUUUAUUCUGUGUCCAAGAUGGCUGCCGGAAGGGAGAGUGUACGCUGGCGCGCUUUAGCUGCCGCUGCUCUCUCUUCAUAUUGUGCUUUUGAUUUUUGUCUUUGGAUUGAAUUCUGUCUUUAAUUUGUGUACUGGUGAUGUCUUUACUAUUUAUUUCAUUCCACUUACAUGUUUUUACUCUAUUUGCUAAAUUUUGUAAGGUGUCCUUGAGACUCUUGAAAGGCGCCCAUAAAAAUGAGCAAUAGGUGCAUGAGUAGGCCAUUCAGCCCUUCCAGCCAGCACCGGCAUUCACUAUGAUCAUGUCUGACCAGCCACAAUCAGUACCCCGUUCCUGCCUUCUUACCAUAUCCCUUGUAUCCGCAAUCUUUAAGAGCUCCAUCUCUCCCUUGAAGACAUCCAGAGAAUUCUGAGGCAGAAAAUUCCACAGAUUCACAACUCUCUGGGUGAAAAAGUUUUUCCUCAUCUCCGUUCUAAAUGACCUACCCCUUAUUCUUAAACUGUGGCCCCUCGUACUGGAUUCCACCAACAUCGGGAACAUGUUUCCUACCUCAAGCGUGUCCAAUCCCUUAAUAAUCUUGUGUUUCAAGAAGAUAUCCUCUCAUCCUUCCAAAUUCUCCUGUAUACAAGCACAGUCUCUCCAUUCUUUCAACAUAUGACAGUCCCGCCAUCCCAGUGAUUAACCUUGUGAACCUACGCUGCCUCCCUCAAUAGCAAGAAUGUCCUUCCUCAAAUUUGGAGACCAAAACUGAACACAAUACAUCAGAUGUGGUCUCACCAGGGCCCUGUACAACUGUAGAAGGGCCUCUUGGCUCCUAUACUCAACUCUUCUUGUUAUGAAGGCCAACAUGCCAACAGUGAAUCACUGCCUGCUAUACCUGCAAGCUUACUUUCAGUGACUGAUGAACAAGGACACUCAGAUCUCGUUGUACUACCCCUUUUCCUAACGACACCAUUUAGAUAAUAAUCUGCCUUCCUGUUCUUGCCACCAAACCACAUUAAACCGUAUCUGCCAUGCAUCUGGCCACUCACCCAACCUGUCCAAGUCACCCUGCAUCCUCAUGACAUCCUCCUCACAGUUCAUUCUGCCACCCAGCUUUGUGUCAUCUGCAAAUUUGCUGAUGUUACUUUUAAUCCUUUCAUUUAAAUCAUUAAUGUAUAUUGUAAAUAGCUGCGGUCCCAGCACCGAGCCUUGUGGUACCACACUACUCACUGGCUGCCAUUCUGAAAGGGACCCGUUAAUCCCUACUCUUUCUUUCCUGUGUGAAUACCCACUAAUCUCCUAUGUGCUUUCUGAAAGUCCAGGUCCACUACAUCCACUGGCUCACCCUUGUCCAUUUUCCUAGUUACAUCCUCAAUAAAUUCCAGAAGAUGAGUCAAGCCUGAUCUCCAUCGGGUGGCACCAUCGGGUGUGGCAGCCUCGCCAGUUGCUGUUCGUUCUUUAACCCUUUUUGUUAUUUUUAGUAUGUUAAAAAGUAUAUUCGAAAAGUUUCUUAGUCUUUUUUAUGUGGGGGGGAAUAGGGGGAAACCGUUUCCCAUUACCUGGAUGGAGAUGCGUCUUUUCUCCAAGUUGCCUCUUCACGCUCCCCUUGCGGCGGCCUACCGACUGGAUUGGCACGGCCUUUCCUGCCAGACGUUCAGCAGUGGCACAGCACUGAAUUCCAUAAUGGAGCAGGACGAUGCCUUGCCUUGCCGGGGAUCGCCAUGUGUUGAAGCUCCGGAGUAUUGGGCCUGGUGACUUUAGUACCGUGGAGCUGUGGUUUGCGGAGCUUCUAGCCGCGGGCAGCGCUGAGUUUAACAACGCGGAGUCCUGGGAUCCCUAUCCGGGGGUCACCAGUGUUGGCGCUCCGCCCAGCCUGGCCUGUGAACAUCGGAAGCCACGGUCUCCGGUAGGAAGUGGUCAAUUGGGAAACUCCAAGCCGCUGAGUGUGUUCAUCCGUUCCGCCGCCGGAGCUCCAAUCAUCCUGGCGAGACGGCCUGAGCAUCGGGCUGUCUGUUGUGGCGACUGCGGAGGGCUCAAAGGCCCCGACCAUGGGUGAACAAAGAGGAAGAUGACUGAACUUUAUUGCCUUCCCUCUCAGUGGGGAAACGUUGCUUCCACUGUGGGGGAUGUUCAUGUUAAAUUCUAUCGUGUAUUGUGUUAUUUUUAUUCGAAUGGCUGUACGAUAACUCAAAUCUCUAUCAAUUGGUGCAUGUGACAAUAAAUGUAACUUGAACUUG